AGUUGGUUAAAAUUUUAAACGUGCGAAUGUCUCUGAAUUUAAAGAUGGAAGUAAGAACUCAACGAUCGAAUGAAAAUUGGUUAAAUUCGACUUGGAAUAGAAUUUAUAACAUGUCAAGAAUUAAUCAGUACUUAUUAUGGUUUGCUAACGAAAAUUGUGAUUUUAGACUUCCCGAGAUUCAAUCGAUUAUACAAUUGUACAAUAUUUCUGUUAAAUGGAUUGAAGGACCCAAUGACAGCCCAUUUUGGGUAGUAGAAUUGUCAUACGAAGAUGCUUGUACAAUUGCAAGUCGUUCGGUGUUACUUCGAAGCGUUAUCAAAUUAUGGGGAUUUGGAAAAACUACCGACGAAUUACACGACAGUAUAAAAAAUUAUCCAUCCGAAUUAAUUAGUUCAAAACUUAAAAGUGAUUUAUCAUUUUGUGUCAAUGUGGAAACAUUCGGUAAAACAUUUACAAUGAAAGAAAAAGUUGAUAAAAUUGAACUUUUUAAUUAUUUGCCAGCUCAGGACCA